UUUCGCCUCUGGAGAACUCGGGCUUGGCCUGUAAUGAGAAGGGCGUGAUCACCGAUCUUUGUUAGGAAGGUUGUUUGGAACAGGGUUUGGGAUUUUUCAGGGGAUAGUGUGCACGUGAGAUGGAGGGCUGGGAUACUUGCUUGCCGUUUAGGCACGCUAUGUGGUGUAGGUGGAGUGUACGUUUGACUUUUGACUCAACUAUGUAUUUUCCUUCUUUUAAGUAGUAAUAUCCAUAACUUGUUUUUACAUAUUUUUUCAUUGAGUGCAUUGUUAUUACUAACUUUCUAAAGACGAUUUUUAUCGGUAAACCAAAAUAGGUAACUGACUUGCCUUCUUGCGAGAAACUAAGAGUUUUGUGCAGUGUGGGUUUUAGAAUCGUUUUUGUAAACAAUUCGCAGAUGCUUUCAGAUUUAAAAACCACUCUGAGAUCCUUACUAGCAAUGUUUUUUGAAACAUCAUAGUUUGAUCAUUAUUACUAAGGACGAGAUUGGGAUAUUCCUUUUAAGUUUGGGUUAUAAAUCUUUGAAUCUGAUUAGAGCAGUAAAAAAUGUCACAUGUUGAAAGGAGCUUUAAAAACAAGAGUUUUAUUUUUGUCCGAGGAAAGUCAUGAUUAGUAAAAGUUGUGGUUAGUGAAGUUUUACUUUAUUCAGCUAUUUUCCAGAAAAUAGGUGGUCAGAAGAAGAGAGACUUGUGAAGCAUAGUACUUGGGCAUAUAGGGUAACUAAUCCUUAAGCAAAAAAAAAAAAAAAAGAACGACUACAUUUUUUGCUGGUUAUAUUAUUACAGGCUCCUUGUGUAACUGCUGCCGUAGCAGUCACUGCCAGUCCAUGUUUUUUUUUGCAAGGGAAAUCUACCUCUUCACUUAUCUGUGAUGCAUUUCUGAUCUAGCACUACUGAACCAAAGAUAUGGAAACUUCAUUGAUAACCUGAGACUCUUCACCAAGGGAGGAAGUGGUGGAAUGGGCUACCCUCGCUUAGGUGGAGAAGGUGGAAAAGGUGGUGAUGUCUGGGUUGUAGCCCAUAACAAAAUGACUUUAAAACAACUUAAGGAUAAAUAUCCUCAGAAACGGUUUGUGGCUGGAGAAGGAGCAAAUAGUCGAGUUAGUGCACUGAAAGGCUCCAAAGGAAAAGACUGUGAAAUUCCUGUACCUGUGGGUGUUUCAGUGACUGAUGAAAAUGGUAAAGUUAUAGGAGAACUCAAUAAAGAGAAAGACAGAAUUUUGGUAGCUGAAGGAGGUCUUGGUGGUAAAUUACUUACAAAUUUCUUACCAUUGAAAGGCCAGAAGCGAGUAAUUCACCUUGAUCUAAAACUUAUAGCUGAUAUAGGCCUGGUGGGAUUCCCAAAUGCUGGAAAAUCCUCUUUGCUAAGUAAGAUUUCUCAUGCAAAACCUGCAAUUGCAGAUUAUGCAUUUACAACAAUAAAGCCUGAACUUGGAAAAAUUAUGUAUAGUGAUUUCAAACAGAUAUCUGUAGCUGAUCUUCCUGGUUUAAUAGAAGGAGCACAUAUGAACAAAGGAAUGGGCCACAAAUUCCUCAAGCAUAUAGAAAGAACUAAACAACUGCUUUUUGUUGUUGAUAUUUCUGGAUUUCAGCUUUCUUCCCAAACUCAUUACAGAACUGCUUUUGAAACCAUAAUACUGCUUUCAAAAGAGUUAGAGUUGUACAAAGAGGAACUUCAGACAAAACCUGCACUCCUAGCAGUAAAUAAAAUGGACUUGCCAGAUGCACAGGAUAAAUUCCAUGUACUGAUGAACCAACUCCAGAAUCCUAAAGAAUUUUUGCAUUUAUUUGAAAAAAGCAUGAUUCCAGAGAGGACUGUGGAAUUCCAACAAAUCAUCCCCAUCUCUGCAAUUACUGGAGAAGGAAUUGAUGAACUAAAGAACUGUAUAAGGAAAUCUCUGGAUGAACAUGCCAACCAGGAAAAUGAUGCAUAUCAUAAGAAGCAGUUGCUUAAUCUACAUAUUUCCAAUACAAUAUCUUAUAGUGAGCCACCAUCAAAGAAUGCUGUUUCGAGUCCUAGAAUGGAUAUAACUUAAAUGUAUUAAAAGUGAUACUGAAAUUGUGUUCAUUUGAAAGCUCUUUGACAAACAUCUUUUAGAAUGUUGGUUGUUACUAACCUGCUGUAUAUACCAUCAUUCAAGAACCAUAUUUUUAAAGAUGUUUUGUAGUUAAGUUUAUCAACAGAUAAAAAAAUAACUGAGUUAAAAAUGACAGUUUAUAAUAUUAUGGUCAUCCACCUGUAAUAACAUCCUAUAGUAUUCUAUAUGUAUGUCUCUAGUGAGAUAAUUUUUAAGGUUAUAAAAAAGGAUUCCUUAUGAGCAACUAGGUUUUAUUUGUUUGCUUUUGAGUUUGUCAUUACCUGGUUCUCCUAAAUUUGUAAUAGUUCUCUUUUUUUUUUUUUGAAAAACCUCAAACUCCUGAAUUUGAACAUAUUCACUGAUAAUAAAGAUCACUGAUAAUCAGCAGAUA